UUUGACAUUUAUGCAGAGGGCGCUUUUCAGUCUCGGUGUCUGUCUGCUGUCAUUUUGAGUUUUAGAAAUUGUUCGAUUUUCCUAAAAUUAUCAACGAUAAUCACGAAAAUACUGAUUUUUCAUACUGUGCAUUGGUGUAUUCAUUCUACAAGCUAUUUAUUUGUUUGUUUUAACAAAUCAAGCGGGCAAUCAGGGAUUCCAUGAUGACUGUUCUGUUCUUCUGAAAUCCUUUUCUCUUUCAAUCCUCUAAUAAAAUAAAGAUAAAGGUGCCUACAAUAUUUUUUAUUUCAUCUAAGUAGUCUUAGGAUCAAACUGCUUGCGCUGGAAAGGAUAAAAACAGCAUUUUCAAAAUGGCUUCUGACAGUAUGAACAGCAAAUACAGUUUGAAAAACAUGUUGUUUUCUCGAGCUAUACCCAACCAUGUCAUACCGUGUCCUACAGAUGGAUAUAAGAUUUAUGGGUGCAUCGACUGUGGAGAUAAGUUUCUCUUCAAAUCAAGCUACGAUAGUCACGUGAACCGCAAGUCAGUCAAGAUAACAUACAUCUGCCGCCACUGCCAUCAAACACAAAUCUUCAAAAACAGAUGUAAUUUAUUAUGUCAUAUCAGGUCGCAUGCGUUUAAAACCGCUACCAUUAAUGUUGGUGAUUUGAAAGUUGAGCCUCUUCCUCUUUCUGACUACUUGCAACCGCAGCCUAGUGCAGCUACGAAACCAAAGGAAGUCCAACCAGCAAAUCCGCCCGCUAAUACUGAAUCGGAAAGCCAAACCAUUGUACAAACAUCGACCACGACAGUGGCUCCCAAUGCCCCCCUAAGGAAAGUAAGUUGCUAUGAAUGCGGUGAAGACAUCGGCGUGACUAUGACACAGUACAAGGACAGAGCCGCACACUACAUGCGGUACACCAACAAGCUUCACACGUGUCAGAUAUGUCUGUUCGUGCUGCCCACUUCCUGCGCUUUGGAGGCCCAUACGCGCAUUCAUGACAAAAUCAUGCCCUUCUACUGCCCUGAAUGCGGUAUGAAUUUGUCGAACAAGAGCAUAGAAUACCCGUACAUGCAUGAUUGCGAAGGGUUCAAGAUGAUGAGGGCGACGACGCGGCGCAAGUGUCCGUCGGGCGAGUGCGGCGUGUUCCACCCCAACGAGUUCCGCACGCACAUGUUGGAGCAUCUCAAGAAAGUGUACAAAUGCCCGGUCUGCAUCGUGGCCUGCUUCAAUGUGGAGUCUAUAAGGAAGCACUUGGCUAGCCAUAAUGGUUUUACAAAAACGUUCCUGCUAUUCUACCAGUGCCAGAUGUGUCCAGGUCGCCUGGUACUGCACAACCAGAUUGACACGCACUUGGCUACUCACAUGAAUACCUACGUCUAUCCAUGCUGGUCAUGUGGUAUGUUAUUUCCAAAAACAAGUGCUUUGCUGCAACACCAUGCCAACUUGCAAUGCAAGGGUAAAUCGAAGAAACCGGAUGGACAAGACAAUAAUAAAUAUCGUGUAGUGAAGAGAUGCGUACGGUGCAAACUCUUCUUUACGUACAAAUGUACAUUUGAAGAAAUAGCAUGUCUGCCCAGUGAAUGUCCUUAUAAAUGCUCACCGGGAGAUGACGUCAUGGAAGUUUGCAAAACUCUACAAGGCCAAGAUUCCAAUACAAACACACACAUUAUUUGUCACCUUUGUAAUAACAAAAUAUCUAGUAAAUGGGAUGACAUUAAAGUGCACUAUGCAGGAUUUCACAAAGAACAUCGAUGCAUAGACUUGAAUGUUCGCGUCAAAAACCUUACCAAAAAUAGUAUAAAGAAAAAGUGUGAUAAACUUAAAGGUAUAAAGAAAACAGGAAAAUCUAAGCGACACAGACGGUCAAAGAAUAGUCAGAAGCAGGCGAAGUUGGUAACUACGGAAGUAGAGGCAGAGCCGUCUACGUCUAGUCCAAGCAGACUUGUGUGUAAAAAGUGCUCAGAGGAAUUUGAAAGCAAAGAGAAGCUAGAGGAGCACAUAGUGACCCACCGCGACCCGUGCACCGCCUACCAGUGCCUCGAGUGUGGCGAGUGCUUCGUCGUUAGACCAUCAUUCGCCAUGCAUUUAAUCAUUGAACACCGCAUAUUAGAGAUUGACGAAUAUAUCAAAAGUAAAAAUUGCUACAAUGAAAACGCAUUUGAAAGAUACCAAACCACAGUGGUGGCGGAUGUGCCACUGCGCGACAACCAGUGCAACAUUUGCUUGGAUCAAUUUGAAAAUCAUGAAGAUCUGGACAAACAUUACAGAGUCCAUGGCAUGGCGUUUCUGCUGAAAAAUACACAGAUUAAGUCGAGUCCUUAAAUUUAAUAAUUUUAGCAGUUCGUUCUAGAUUUAUAUUCAAAAGCUUAGGCUUAUUGUAUCAUUCGCUACUAACUACUUAGGUAGUUAAAGAUAUCAUAGUUAGGUAUUAAUUUACCUAUACUUAAUGACUAGCUUAGUUUUAUAAUGUUAUAGUUUGUUGUGGUAUCUAGUAAGAAUGAGUGUGAAACAAGUAGAAAGCAAGCUUAAAUGAAGCGUAGCUUCCACAUGUGACGAAUAUAGGUAGUGCAGGCAUAGACACCUUGUUAUGUUUCAUCUUUUGUCAGUGUAUCCGUUUGUAUAAUAACAGUUAUAAUUAUAACGUUCAUGUUUGACUUUAAAAAUAGAUUCUAAAAAGGACCUACUCUUGCGGUAGCGUACCUAAUGAUAAUAGCAACCAAAUUUUAGCUACUUUUAAGAUUAGUGAAAUUCUCAUUUUGAGUGGUCCCUUGGAUUGCCAUGGCAAAAUGAAGGUGCUUCCAAAGAACAACCUUAGCUUUCCUUCCAAUGUAGGAAGCAGCCUGGUACAUCAGUUGUGGUUUAUCGCUCAGGCGUUGAGUUACGUACCCAGAGCUACUACUAGAGUUUAUGGUACCUUUAAGCUUAAUUAAUAACUGUCAAGCAUGUUAUGUUAUUCAUAGGCUAGUUGUAUUAGUAUUUUUAGGUACUUACUUAUAGGAUGUGUCUUAUAAAUGCCCCCGGAGGAAAAGUAGGUACCUAGUUAGCCAAAAUAUUAAAGCUGACUAUUUUUUUAUAAAUACUUACGACUUGCCUUCCCUUCUUAUUUGUUAAAAGUACCUACCUACUUGUACAGAGGCAUUAAUUUGACUCACCUAACUAGUUACAUACCAUGGAAGUGGAAAAAAAGACCGUGUCUCAUGUCGCCGCCAUUGUUGUGCUUCAAUUUUUAGUUCCCGAGAUUCCUUCCGUCUUUUUUUCUACUUCCAUGUUACAUACAUACAUUUUAGAUUCUGUUUCUUUAUUUUUUAGUUAUUAAACCGGCAUCUAUUCUUGCAAUGAAUAUUAUUAACUAACCACUGCAAAUACCAAUAAAGUUAUUCAUAUUUAA